UUCAAGCCCUUGAAGAAGAAUUAAAGCUGAUGAAGGACGGGAAGCAGAACCACAGGGAGUCCAGCACUAUGAAGGUUCCUAGUUUGUCUAAAACCCAUGCUAAAGUUACUCCUGUCCAUGAAGAUAUGAAGCCCUCAAAGAAGAAUGAAGUGGUGAAAAACACUAGUCAGCAACGUGAUAAUAAAAAUAAGCAAUCCUUGAAGAAUGCUCAAGUACAAGAACUUGCAAAAGAUCAUCAGAAGCUUUGUAGCAACCAAUAUCAAAGAGAGGAUGGUAGUGGCAAUGAGAUUCUUGAUGAAAGUCCUCUUGCUGUUGGAGUCGAUCCUGCUUCAAAGAUUCAGUUGCUUGAGCAUGAACUUGCCAAGGCUAUGGAAGCAAAUUUAAAAUAUAAAGUUGAGCUUGACAGGUUGUCUAAAAGCCGAAACAACCAUGCACACUCCUAAAAAAUCAAUAGCAGAAGAUGACAUAGUGGCAAAAGAAAGUAAUGGACGCACAAAAUCAUCACUAGAGGCAGAGUUAAUAGACAUUCGCCAGCGAUACCUCCACAUGAGCCUCAGAUAUGCUGAGGUAGAAGCUGAGCGUGAGGAACUUGUGAUGAAGCUCAGGGCUAGCAAAAAUGUAAAAAGAUGGUUUUAAUGAACUCAUGACCAUAAACAAGCAAUUUCUUGUACUUUUUCAGUCUCCCCAAUUCAGGUAGCUUGUUCCACGAAUUUUUGAAGUAUCUACGAUUUCUCAAUCUUUUACGUAUAUUCCAGAGUGUGAGUUAUUGUAAAGAAGAAUAAUACACCCCUAGCCCAAGUUUGUAAAUGAAGGAACAAUUGAG